AUGAACGGCAACUGGCAACAACAGUCUGACGACGAGACUGAAGACUCGUUUCAACAGACCACUGACACUGACGGAGAUCGGCUUGAUCAGCAAAUUGCGGAUUACCACGAAAAUCAGGAGAAUCGCCAGAGGCAUGACUCCGAGUGGUGGGGGACAAGGCACCCGUACCCAGAGAAUGGAGAUCCUGAUCGAGAGUUUAUCCAUGCACGGAACCCUCCCAUCUCAGGUGAGGAGGUUGAUGAUGCCGUUGCAGCAUUCAACAGAGUUGCCACGAACCAAGGCACAGAGGAAUUCAACACCCUUAACGUCUCCAUGAGGCCUACUACCCCUCCCAUGGAGCGGGCCAGGAAGCAGGUGGAGGGUCUAGUUGAGCAAGGCAUCGAGGUCACUACGGCACUGAGAGAUGAGAUCUACGAGAAACACACUCGGGACAGCGGCCUCACCGCUGCUAUGCAGGAGUACUGCAGGAACGGAAACGACGUCCCUCACGCCCACGCCAACGAGUUUCUCAAGAUGCACGACCGGCUGAAAGCCCUUUUCGCCGAGAAGAUGACCGAAUCAAGCAAACAGAUUCAGGAGCUGAGUGACAACUUUGACGAUUACAAAAAGUCCAAAGAGGAGCGGGUUGAGAUGCUUGAAGAGAAGCUCAGUGAGUCAGAGACUAAGCUGGCCGAAGCCAAAGACAAGCUGGAGUCUAAACAGAGUGAAUUGGACAAGAUUAAACAGCAAGGCGGCGAGGAUUCGACACAGCAGACCAAUGGGACCUCUCAGUCAGAGGAAAAGGUAGCUCGUCUCCUCAAGGAAAAGGCUCGGCUCCAAUCCAAGAUUGUCAUGUACGAGGCUGGCAAAACACGUGAGGAGGUGGAGAGCGUUGCUGGAGAUGAAUUCAGGGUGGAUGACGAGUACACGGCCGACCUGAUCGCAGCCGAAGACCGUGCCAACACAGCAGACCGAGAACGCCAAGCCGGCAACCACUUUCACCAAGAGUUCUACGAGGCCAUCAAGGAGAAAGCAGAGCGCUGGGAAGCCAAGGCUAUCACCGCUGACAACAACUCGGAUCAAGAUGGGGCAAUGUCGAAUGACACAGUGGAACUGCUUCACGAGGUGGCUCGCGAUUUGGAUGAGAUGGUUCUCGGGUUUCAGAGAGGCUGGCCACCGGCUCACGAUGCAUUCGACGUUGGUCAGAUACAACAAGACAACGUCACCAAGGAUGCCCUGGAAAGAUCCGGCAAAGAGCUGAGAGAGAACCUAGAACAACAGGAAACUGAAAUAAAGGAGAGGCUCGAGGAUGUUGCUAAGCUGAUAAAGGAAAACGCCGAGAAAAAAGAAGAACUCGAAACGUUGGUCAAAGAAGUCGAGGAGUCACAAAAGAACCUGAAAAAGCCCACGGACGAGGGAACCACAGGAAGCCCGGCGCCAUCUUCACCAGGAGAGUUGGUGAAACUAAAGGAAGACCUAUCCAAACACAAGGACUGGCUGGCGGAGAAGGAUGAUGAGAACAAUGACCUCAGUCGUGAAAAUGACGAGCUGAAGGAUCAGGUGAAGAAGCUGGAGGGGGAAAAGGAGAAACUGGAAAAACAACACAAGGAGAAAGAUAACAAGGUCAGGAAGCUCGAAAGUGAGAGAACAAGCCUCUGGGAUAAUAAUUCAGAGCUAAUCAACCACCGAACUACUCUUGAAGCCGACAUCAAGAAGGUCAGGAGCGAGAAGGAGGAGCUGGAGAAGGAGAAGAAACAACUCGAGUCGGAACAGGCGACCAACCAAACUGAGCUUAAGAAGCUCCAAGACGAAAAGGACAAACUGGAGAAGCUCCGACAAGACGAGUCCAAGAAACUCAAGGAGUGUAUGACAGCACGACAGAAGAAGGGGGACCUCGAAGGCGACGCCAAGAAGCUUGACGACCUUCGAAAGGAAAAGGAGAAGCUGGAAGCGCAGCAUGCGACUGAUCAAGACGAUUUGGAAAAGGCCAGAGCCGAUAACAGAGGUCUAACCAAGGAGAGGGACGAUCUACAGCAGAGUCUUGAAAAGAAAGUCCAGGAGACAAAGGGUCUUGAGCAGGAGAAGAAACAAAUGCACGUCGACUGCAAGGAAGAAAAGAGGCGGCUCGAGAUGAAUAUCGAAGCCCUGCAAGAAAGACACGACGACAAGGAAAGGGAAGUGGAAGAGCUUCGUCAUCAAGGGGAUUCCAACUGGCGUUCCGCCGACGCUCUCAUCAGGGCCGCCGCCAAGGCCGCCGCAAGGGCAGCCAGAAAUGCCGGCAGUCCAGACGAUGAUGACGACGAAACUCCUACCCUGGGGGGAGCCGAGUUGUCACUCAUGGACCGGAUCAACUACCUCAACCUAUCCGUCUUCCUGAGAACACGCAACUACGUCGAGCUCGCCCUUCGCGAAGGAUGCAACAGGCUGGCAAACAUGCUUAUCCACGACGCCAACAAAUGGGCCGAGCAGUGCAGAGAAGAUCUCUCAAAGAUGAACCCCAGCGUCAACAACCAGGUCCGAGCAUCUCUUUACGUCCUCAAUGGCCUCAAGAGGGUCAUGGUCGCAAAAGACAUGAACGAGAUCAACAAGGGGGCACGAGAGUUCAAGUACGGACAAAAGAUACUCGUCGCCCAAGAUUCCGACCCAGCCACGUUUGGUCAACUCAUCGAUCUCGCCGGCAGCUUGGUCGAGUGGCUAGACAGACUCAAUAUCUCGCAUGACCAUCCCGAGAUGCGUCGGGGUCUGCAGGUUGACAAGGUUUCUUGGAAGAAGAACAUUGAGUUUGUCGUUACGAGACGGGCUAAGCUUCAGAGUGGAUUGAGAAAUGAUCCAAACUUGAAGGCUAGUGUUUUGCGUCGUACUGGCCUUCAUUCUCCCCUGACUCCAGAGAGGUGGGGUGAUGAUGUCGUUCUUGAAGAAGAUCUCGGAGACGAUGAAGUCGUGUCGCGAAAACGAAGUUCAGAAGACGGUAACUGA